ACGUGCUUGCAGUUCGAUGACCCAUCGCCGCGCUACAAGCUCAAGCUGAUCAUGUGGCUCGCACUGCUCUUCGUCAUUGUCGGCAUGGUUGUUGUCGUGCUUAUUCUUACUAUUUCUAAAAUGCAAGCAAUCUCGUCAGCAUCAUUUCACUCACUACGACGCUUCGAAGGUCAUUUCCUGGUGACCGAGGGUCCGCUACUUAAAUUCGAUGGAAAGCUCCUGCAGAAAAACACGAAAGAAUAUACCGAACAUGCGAAUAAGAUUCAACGACAGUUGGAUCUCAUUUAUCGACAAGCUCUCGAUGUUAGUUUUGUCCUGAAAACACGAAGUGACAUGCACAUCAAUGUAUUCGAUUUUCUUUCGGUUUUGAGAAAUUACGUGCGAACUCACGGCUUCGAUGGUAAUACAAUUGAUGAUAAAAGUAUCAGUCUUGAGAGUAAACAUUCACGAUAA